GGCAGCGGCGGCCGCGGUGCCGUGCGGGGCCAUGGCGGCCCCGGACAGCUGCGUGAAGGUGGCCGUGAGGAUCCGCCCUCAGCUGCCCAAAGAGAAGAUAGAGGGAUGUCACAUCUGUACCUCAGUGACACCUGGUGAGCCCCAGGUGCUGCUGGGCAAGGACAAGGCCUUCACCUAUGACUUUGUCUUUGACCUGGACACAUGGCAGGAGAGGAUCUACACCACGUGCAUGGGGAAGCUCAUCGAGGGCUGCUUCGAGGGCUACAAUGCCACUGUGCUGGCCUAUGGGCAGACUGGAGCAGGGAAGACCUACACCAUGGGCACUGGCUUCGACAUGAGCAUCUCCGAGGAGGAGCAGGGCAUCAUCCCCCGGGCCAUCAGCCACCUCUUCAGCGGCAUCGAGGAGCGGCGGCGCGCGGCGCAGAGCCAGGGCCUGGCAGCGCCCGAGUUCAAAGUCAGCGCCCAGUUCCUGGAGCUGUACAACGAGGAGAUCCUGGACCUGUUUGACAGCACCCGCGACCCCGACUCGCGCCACCGCAAAUCCAACAUCAAAAUCCACGAGGAUGCCAGCGGGAGCAUCUACACCACGGGGGUCACCUCACGCCUCAUCAGCUCCCAGGAUGAGCUGAUCCAGUGCCUAAAGCAAGGAGCUCUUUCCCGCACCACGGCCAGCACCCAGAUGAACGUGCAGAGCUCCAGAUCCCAUGCCAUCUUCACUAUUUACCUGUGCCAGACAAGAGUGUGUGCCCGCCCAGAGCUGGUGAAUGAGGAGGUGAGCAGCCUUCUGGAUGGAUCCCAGCCUGCUGCUGAGUACGAGACCUUGACAGCCAAGUUUCACUUUGUGGACCUGGCUGGCUCGGAGAGGCUGAAGCGGACGGGUGCCACGGGCGAGAGAGCCAAGGAGGGCAUCUCCAUCAACUGUGGGCUGCUGGCCUUGGGGAAUGUCAUCAGUGCCCUUGGAGACCAGAGCAAGAAGGUCGUGCACGUGCCCUACCGCGACUCCAAGCUCACCCGCCUGCUGCAGGAUUCCCUCGGGGGCAACAGCCAAACCAUCAUGAUUGCCUGCGUGAGCCCCUCUGACCGGGAUUUCAUGGAGACCCUGAACACGCUCAAGUACGCCAACCGCGCUCGCAACAUCAAGAACAAGGUGGUGGUGAACCAGGACAAGACGAGCCAGCAGAUCAGCGCCCUGCGCGCCGAGAUCGCCCGGCUGCAGAUGGAGCUCAUGGAGUACAAGGCAGGCAAGCGUGUGAUCGGGGAGGAUGGCACGGAGGGCUACAGCGACCUGUUCCGGGAGAACGCCAUGCUGCAGAAGGAGAACAGCGCGCUGCGCAUGCGCGUCAAGGCCAUGCAGGAGGCCAUCGACGCCAUCAACAGCAGGGUCACCUACCUCAUGAGCCAGGAGGCCAACAUGAUGCUGGCCAAAGCAGGUGACGGGAACGAAGCCAUCGGCACCCUGAUCCAGAACUACAUCCGGGAGAUUGAGGAGCUGAGGACGAAGCUGCUGGAGAGCGAGUCCAUGAACGAGUCCCUGCGGCGCAGCCUCUCGCGGGUCUCUGCGCGGGGCCCGUUCCCCGUGGGCUCCUCCCCGGGCCCGGGCCUGGCUGGGAUCUGCAGCCCCGCGGCCGCCCUGGACACCGAGGCCUCCGACGUGCUCCGACGGGCCAAGCAGGACCUGGAGCGCCUCAAGAAGAAAGAGCGGCGGCAGCAGAGGAAGAGCCCAGAGAAGGAGGCGUUUAAGAAAAGGCAGAAACUGCAGCAGGAUAAUGGGGAGGAGACGGAUGAGAACGAGGUGGAAGAGGAGGAGGAAGAACAAGAUGAGAGUGGCUGUGAGGAAGAGGAUGGGCGCGAGGAUGAAGAUGAGGACUCGGCCAGUGAAGAGAGCCUGGUGGACUCGGACUCGGAUGCAGAGGAGAAGGCUGUGAAUUUCCAGGCCGACCUGGCAGAUCUGACCUGUGAGAUUGAGAUCAAGCAGAAGCUGAUUGAUGAGCUGGAGAACAGCCAGCGGCGGCUGCAGACCCUCAAGCACCAGUAUGAGGAGAAGCUGAUCCUGCUGCAGAACAAGAUUCGGGACACGCAGCUGGAGCGGGACCGUGUCCUGCAGAACCUCAGCACCAUGGAGUGCUACACCGAGGAGAAGGCCAACAAGAUCAAGGCAGACUACGAGAAGCGGCUGAAGGAGAUGAACAGGGACCUGCAGAAGCUGCAGGCAGCCCAGAAGGAGCACGCUCGCCUGCUCAAGAACCAGAGCCGCUACGAGCGGGAGCUGCGCAAGCUGCAGGCAGAGGUGGCCGAGAUGAAGAAGGCAAAGGUGGCGCUGAUGAAGCAGAUGCGGGAGGAGCAGCAGCGGCGCCGCCUGGCCGAGACCAAGAGGAACCGGGAGAUCGCGCAGCUCAAGAAGGAGCAGCGCCGGCAGGAGUUCCAGAUCAGGGCUCUGGAAUCUCAGAAGCGACAGCAGGAAAUUGUGCUGCGGAGGAAAACGCAGGAGGUGUCAGCGCUGCGCCGUCUGGCCAAGCCCAUGUCCGACAGGGUGGCGGGCAGGACGGGCCCCAAGCCGCCCAUGCUGGACUCAGGGGCCGAGGUCUCGGCCAGCACCACCUCCUCCGAGCCCGAGAGCGGCGCUCGCUCCGUCUCCAGCAUCGUGCGCCAGUGGAACAGGAAAAUCAACAACUUCCUGGGAGACUCCUCGGCCUCCAUUAAUGGGGCUCGGCCUGCCAGGAAGAAGUUCCCCAAGAAGGGGUCCAGCCAGACCUUCAGCAAAGCUGCCCGCCUCAAGUGGCAGUCGCUGGAGCGGCGCAUCUUCGACAUUGUCAUGCAGAGAAUGACCAUUGUCAACCUCGAGGCAGACAUGGAGAGACUCAUCAAGAAACGUGAGGAGCUGUCGCUGCUGCAGGAGGCGUUACUGAGCAAGCGGGCAAAGCUGCAGGCAGAGAGCCCCAAGGAGCAGAAGGGUCUGCAAGAGCUGAACGAGGAGAUUGAGGUGCUGGGGGCCAACAUUGACUACAUCAACGACAGCAUUUCAGACUGCCAGGCCACCAUCAUGCAGAUUGAGGAGACCAAGGAGGAGCUGGACUCCACGGACACCUCGGUGGUGAUCAGCUCCUGCUCCCUGGCUGAAGCCCGGCUGCUGCUGGACAACUUCCUGAAAGCCUCCAUCGACAAGGGGCUGCAGGUGGCCCAGAAGGAGGCGCAGAUCCGGCUGCUGGAGGGGCGCCUGCGGCAGAACGACGUGGCCAACUCCUCACAGAACCACGCCCUGCUGGAUGCCCUGAGGGAGAAGGCUGAGUCCCACCCUGAGCUGCAGGCACUGAUCCACAAUGUCCAGCAAGAGAAUGGCUACACCAGCACAGAUGAGGAAGUUUCAGAGUUCAGCCUGGCCUCAGAUGGGAGCAUCUCCCAGUCUUUCACCAUGAAGGGCUCAGCAAGCCAGGAUGACUUUAAGUUCAAGGGAGAGCCCAAGCUUUCGGGGCAGAUGAAGGCAGUGUCAGCUGAGUGUCUGGGACCCACGCUGGACGUGUCCACCAAGAACAUCACCAAGUCCUUGGCGUCCCUCAUGGAGAUCAAGGAGGACGGGAUCGGCUUCUCCAUCCGGGACCCCUAUUACAAGGAGAAGGUGUCACGGACCAUCAGCCUGCCCACCCGGGGCAGCACCUUUCCCAGGCAGUCCCGGGGCUCGGACACCUCGCCCCUGACCCGGCGGAAAUCCUACGACCGUGGGCAGCCUGCCAGGCCUGCAGACAUCGGCUUCACACCACCCUCCUCCCCACCCACCCGUCCACGCAAUGACCGCAACGUCUUCUCCCGUCUCACGAGCACCCAGAGCCAGGGAUCUGCCUUGGACAAGUCUGAUGACAGCGAUUCCUCUGUCUCGGAGGUGCUGAGGGGCAUCAUCAACCCGGUGGGUGGCACCAAGAAUGCCCGGACAGCCCCUCUGCAGUGUGUCUCAGUGGCAGAGGGACACACCAAGCCUGUGCUCUGCCUGGAUGCCACCGAUGAGCUGCUCUUCACGGGCUCCAAAGACCGCAGCUGCAAGAUGUGGAACCUGGUGACAGGCCAGGAAAUCGCCUCUCUCAAGGGCCACCCCAACAAUGUGGUUUCCAUCAAGUACUGCAGCCACACGGGGCUGGUGUUCACCGUGUCCACGUCCUACAUCAAGGUGUGGGACAUCCGCGACUCCGCGCGCUGCGUCCGCACCCUCACGUCGUCGGGCCAGGUGAUCUCUGGGGACGCGUGUGCCGGGACCAGCAACCGCACGGUCACCAGCGUGCAGGGCGAGCACCAGAUCAACCAGAUCGCGCUCAACCCCGCGGGCACCGCGCUCUACGCGGCCGCCGGCAACGCCGUGCGCGUCUGGGAGCUCAGCAGGCUGCAGCCCGUGGGGAAGCUGAGCGGCCACAUCGGGCCCGUGAUGUGCCUGACAGUGAGCCAGACCCCGAGCAACCACGACCUGGUGGUCACAGGCUCCAAGGAUCACUAUGUCAAGGUGUUUGAGAUCACGGAGGGCAUGGUGGGCAAUAUCAGCCCCACUCACAACUUCGAGCCCCCUCACUACGAUGGCAUCGAGUGCCUGGCCAUCCAGGGAGAUGUCCUCUUCAGUGGCUCCAGGGACAACGGCAUAAAGAAGUGGGAUCUGGAGCAGCAGGAACUUAUCCAGCAAAUCCCCAAUGCCCACAAGGACUGGGUGUGUGCCCUGGCCUUCAUCCCCGGGCGCCCCAUGGUGCUGAGCGCCUGCCGAGGAGGCGUCAUCAAGGUGUGGAACGUGGACAACUUCACCCCAGUGGGGGAGAUCAAGGGCCAUGACAGCCCCAUCAACGCCAUCUGCACCAACUCCAAGCACAUCUUCACGGCCUCCAGUGACUGCCGGGUAAAGUUAUGGAAUUACGUGCCUGGGCUCACCCCUUGCCUUCCACGACGCGUCCUUGCCAUAAAGGGCCGUGCUACUAGUCUGCCUUGACCCUCCUGCUCUUGACUCUCUUGCUCAUAUGCUCCUCUUCUGUCUCUCCUUCCCUUUUCUCUCCAUCCCUCCCCUCUUUCUGUUCCUCUCACUGUUGCUUUUGCUCCUCUCUCUCUUUCCCUCCCCCCCGUUUUUUCUCUGGUCUGAGCUGCUUCUUCACGGUAUGAAACUAUUCUGAGUUUUUCUCCACUUGAUAAGUCUUUGUUAGAAUGGACUCACCCCCUUGGCCCAGUCAUCCCCUGCCUUGGUUUCACUUCUUUUUGUUUUUUUCCUCGCCAAGUGCCCACAUCUACUUUGGCACCUCAGUGGGAAGCCAUGGCCUGCCCGUGCCUUUGCAUGGAUAGUGGGUUGGGAGUCAGCAGCCACCCCCAAAUCAGCCCAUGCCCCAGGAGCAAAGCAGCUCCCUGGAUUUCACUGCUGGAGCUCAUUCAGGGCGGGUAGGAGUCCUGGUGUGGGGUCACCCCUUCCCUUUGUCCCCAGCUGCUGCCAGUGGGGUGAGCUGGAGGCUGAGCCCCAUUGGGUUUGCCUUCUCCCCAAAGUGCACCAGACAAUUCCUGCCAAGGGAGAAGGGCCUGGAAGCUUGGGGGGCUGCAUGUUGCUGUGCUGGGGAGGGGAGGGCAGUGAGCACCCUGUGGGCAGUGCUGUGGGGCUCCUGCCCCAACCCCUGGGUCAUGCUGUCCCUCUCACCUUUGCUCCUCAGCGACUUGACAGUGAAGCUCUGGAGUGGGAGGAGGUUGCCUGCGGGGUCAAACUAGGAACUGCACAAAGACUGGAAGGCGUGGGCAGGGUGAGGGGCAGGGCACCUCCCCUGCUCUCAGUGAGGACUCAGCCACCCACAGGAGCUCAGCCCAGCACAGGGGUUUCUUUGUGCCUGACCCAACGGGGUGGACAAUGCUGCAUCUGGUACUCUGGUCAGCUCCUGUGAGGAAGCAGCUCUGUGGGGCAGCAGCAGCUCCACCUGCCCUCCUGCUGAGGUUUCUGAUGGUUCUCCAGUGAACAGGAAAUGUUUCAUCUCUCACCAUCCUGCUGUAAGGACUUUGGGGGUCAGAGGUCCCUGACUCCUCAGAGACACCCAGCUCCCUCCUGCCAUGGCUCUGCCGUGCUGUGCUGCUCCUGGGCUGGUUCCUGCAGGAGUCUUCUCCACUCCACGAGGACAUUUGGUGUCUGCUGGCCAGGACCACCACACAGAGGAUGCUUCUCUGGAGCCAUUUCUUGUGAGACACCUCUGGUGUGGGGACUGCAGAAGGAUUUCCUGGUACUCCCAGCCUUCCCUUUCCUGUGUGGACGUGUCCCCAGUGGUUGGAGGGUGCACUCUGAGCUCCUUUGCCAUGUCCCAUCUCAUGAGGCACAGCAAGCCUGGGAUGUUCUCCAUUGGGCAGCUUCCAGACUGACCUGCUGCAGUUCCUUUGACAUUCUCCAAACCCCACUUGUAAACUCAACUGCCCCCUGGCUCUGGGCUCUUUCCCACAUGCCCAGCCUGCUCAGCCCUGCUCUGAACAUCCUGACCCCAUCAGGGCUUUGUGCUGGGUUCCUGCACCAGUUAACCCCUUGAGAUGAAGAAAUGAAGCAGGAAUGGAGGUUACAGGGCAAAAAGGCCGAGGCUGGAUGUGGCACCCCACUGCUGUGGCUCUGUCUGUCCUUCCCUUGGGUUCUGCCCUCACCUCUGCCUGGACUGGAGCUUGCUCAGGCUGGGCCUGCAUGGAUGCAAGGCUGGAGAGGAGCCAGCAAGGCAGGGAGCAGCCAGAGUCACUGUGGCAGGAGCAGAGGGGGACAGGGUUGCACACUGACCUUGCACAAGUCCCUGACUCCCCCUGUGCUGGAAGGACAAUCCUGCAGUGGAUGAUCUCGCACAAUCUCAUCUCCUGGAGGGUCUGGGGGCUCCACCCAGGACUGUUUCCCCAAGGACAUUCUGCAGGCUCUUUCCUCAGUCUCUCCUGUUCAAGGGGGGCUGGUAAGUCCCUGGUCUCACACUGGAGCUUCCCUCCAUCUCUCUAUGGCCCGUUGGACCAUCCCCUGCUCUGUCCUGCCCUGUGGAAUGGCCAAGGAGGCCCCAGGAUGGGUGUUCCUGCCUCACACACUCUCCUUUCCCCAUUGUCACAGAAGAAGCAGCACUUGAACUCAAAUUUAAGGAUUUCUCCAUGUGAUCCCACAGCACUGAACUGGGAUCUUGGAGGCCAGGGGCUCCAGGACCUGCCCCAUCAAGCACAGACCAUUUCCCCUCUGCUCUCUCCAACCAUGGUGAUACCUUGACCUGCCCCAGCUCAUCUGCCACCAGCCCUUGCUCCAGGCACUCUGGCUGGAGUGAGGGGAUCCCUCUGCAUCUCUGCAUCAUGAAAGACAGGAAUUUCUGUAUUGAUUUGGUGGGGGAAGGGGAGGGUUGCCUUUUUUUUGGGAAAAUUCCAUCCUGCUGGCUUGCCUUGUUGGAGGGUAAAUGGUACAUGUGUGUGUCUGUCUGUGUGUGAGAGUGACCCUGCCAGGACAGUCCCUGCUCCCUGGGAGUGUGGCUGAGCCCUGCACUGCCAGGACUGGUGGCUGGCUGAGGAGAGGCUCCCAUCCAUCCUGUGUGACCUGUGCAGGCCAAAAGUGCACAGAGAGCUCAGCACCCAGUGGCACAAAGCCAUGGGGGUCUGCAGGAGGUGUCUCCCCCCCAGGCCUGUCUUGGAGGGGUUUUUACACUCAUCCCUCAGCUGGUUUGGCUGGAGGGGCUCUGUGUGUGUGUGGCUGUCUCUGGGAAGUGUUUGGCUGUAAGUAUUGAAUCUGUGUGCUCUGAGAUCUCCAGUGCCUGCCCUGAGCCUUCCCUGCUGCCAUGGCUGGAGGGGGCUCCCAGGGUCAGACCUUCCUUGCCUUUGCCCCCAACACCUCCCUGUGUGCAGGCUGAAAGGGCCUGUUCAGUAUUCCAGGGCUGAGUGGCCAGUCCUGAGCCUCUCCUGCUGCUGUGUCCAGGCUCUCACAGCCCAUGGAUGGAGGGAGGUGGUGCUGGGGCAUUGCUGUCCUGAGGCAGGGGGUUUGAAGGGAGGAGAGUCCUGAUUUAGGAAUAGCAUUCUCCCAUUUAGUGCUCCCACUAAAACCCCCAUCCCCAUCCCUAGCAGGGUGGAGAGGGGAAUUGGAGGUAAAAAGAUGAAGAUCACAGGUUGAGAUAAGAGCAAUUUGCUGGAAACAGCAGUGAGAUAAAAAACAAACAGGAAGACAGCAGCAAUGUUAAUAACAAAAGUACAGAAAAGAGGGAAUGAUUCACAUGCAUACUGCUCACCCUGACCUGACCACAGCCAUAUUCUACUGACCAGAGUAGACCUCUCCUCUGAGGAGGAGAAAUGGAUCCUCCCCUGUGUGUCUCCAUGGCAUCAGUACAUUGUGACCAAGCCUUACACUGCUGUGGAUCUGCUGGGCCAGCCUUGGUGCACAGCCCAGCAGAGCCCAGUGCUGCUCUCCCCCUGGCUGCAGGCAGGGCCCUCUGCUCACUGCUGCCCCUGUGGAGGUGCAUUCAGGGCGAUCAGAAGUGACAUUAGCCCUGUUAUUCUGUCUGAGCACGUGCACACUGGAAGCUGGGCUGGCAUUUAUCCCUGAAGAAUCCCUGCAGUUGUUGUUUUCCCUCUCAGCUCACACAGCCAUGCUUCUGGGGCAGAGGUGGGUUUUCCUUCCCAAUUCCUCCUGUCCUCUCUGUGCUCAUGCAGGUAAAACCAUAGGAUGCCUUGUGGUGUGCCAGUUGCUCCCAGCAGCAGAGGCUCUGCUCUGUACUGGUGUGACAUGGCACAUUUCCUCAGUCCACAGCCCUGGAUUGGAGGAUAAGUCCAGUCCUAAACUGGACCUGGGCUGCUCCAGUCUUAGACAGUCUCUUUACACAGCUGAGACAUGGGUUAGUAGGAAGGAAAAACAAUAAUGAUCAUCAUCAGAGUUGGGGAGUCACCUUUAACACUGUUUGUUCUGUUCAGAGCUCUGAAUAACCUCCCCAGAAAUCUCUUUCUUGACUCCAAAGACUAUGUGCACUGCACUAAGGACACCUGGCAAAAUUAUUUCCUUAACAUCCCAAGGGAAUUCAGAGCUUCAGAAGCUGUUUUAACAGACCUCAAGGGAGAAAAGUGGGUGAAAGUCUGGGGAAAAUCAUCCUCCCAUGUUCCCCCACGGGGUGGUCAUGAUUGUUAUUAAUGGAGUCCCAAAGGAAGUGCCCCAGGUAGGGGUAGAAGAGCAACACUCAAAACAGCCCUAAUGACCCUUGAUGUUAUCAUGUCAUAAACAGAGCAAUCCUGAUCCCCCUCCCUGCUCUGAGACAGGCUGUGAUGGGAGCAGACAGGAGUAUGUGCAGGGUUGGGUACCCACAUGGGCAGAGCAGGCAAUGCUGUCACCAGUGGCUCAGUACCCAAUACAGAAAAUGUUGAGAUCUAAUUUGCUUCCAAGCCACUCUGGGCAGAUCUGUUGUUAUCUCAACUGUUCAAGCCCUACCUUGGAUGCCAAAAAAACCCAACAAAAAACUGUUGUGGUUUAGGACUGCUAUUCCCCAAUUUGGUGUUCCCACUACAACUGUGUGCUGCCACAACCCUCACCUCCUUCCCGCCCUGUGGUGGGAUGGAGAGGAGGAUUAGAGGCACAAAAGGUAAAAAAAAUCACAGGCAGAGAUAGGAACAAUUGACUGGAAACAGCAAUGAGAUAAGAAAAAUGAACAGCAACAAUAUUAAUAACAAAAGUGUACAAAAGAGAGCAAAUCACGUGCAAAUGCUCUCCACAGUGUUACCCUGAUUGAAGAGAUCCCUUACCCCUGCCCAUCAAUGAUGUGAGGUGGCCUAAAAGAACCUCUGGGCUCUGGCCAUGUCCCCUCCUGGCUACUGCAAAAUGAACUCUGUCCUGGCUGGAACCAGGCCAGGGGUGACUGUGACCCCAUAGCUCUGUGUGUGUGUGUAUGUGUGUGUGUGUAGCUCUUAGUUCCUGUGUGGGUUGAUGUUUCUCAUGCAGAAGAGCAUUUCUUGCUGUUGAUCUGGUUUAGCUACCUCACGGUGCAAGCUGGGUGCUGUUCUCAUUUGGUUUCCUAUUGGGGAUGGGGUGGGGAGUUUGUGGUGUAAGAAUUUUUAUUUUUUCUUCUAAUUAUUGUUAUUGUUAUGGUUUUGACACUUGAAUUCAUCCUGGGGACACGUGGCCUCGCUCCCACCUUGCUGCAUGUCUGAGCCACCCCCUGUGUCCCCUCCCUGCUCCUCCUGGGCAGGGAGCAGGGCUGGGGUCCCUGCCCCAGAGGGAUCCCCCAGAGCAGCUGCAACACUGAGAUUUUGCUCCCAUUCCUCAUGGGAUUCUGAGGAUCUGUGGUGUUGCCAUUGGUGAUUGGGUUGGUUGGCAGCCUGGGGGUGGCUCCAUCCCCCUUGGAAAGGGGGCUCAGAAAGGCUCAGCUCAGCCCAGAUUUCUCCCUCUGCUCUCACAGAUACUCUGUGGCUGUGAUGGAGCUCUGGGCUGGGGGAUGUCUGUGCAAAGCACAAUGCUGGGGUGAGCUGCUUCCAGCCACCUCUGCCCAGAGCCUGCUGCUCAGAAAGGCUCAGCCCAGCCCAAAUUUCUCCCUCUGCUCUCUCACACACUCUGUGGCUGUGAUGGAGCUCUGGGCUGGGAGAUGUCUGUGCAGAGCACAUUGCUGGGUGGGCUGGUUCCAGCCACCAGUGCCCAGAGCCUGCUGCAGGUGCUGGGAAAGCCUCUGCCCAAGCUGGGCAUGGUCUGUGAGAACCUGAUUCUGCUGUGUGAUGGAUUUUUCAUUCCCAAAACCUGUAGUUGUGUCUAGAUUGAGUGCCAGGCACUGGCCAUAAACCAGCCCUGGAGCCCCAGCUCAGGCUGGCAGCUGCCCUGGCACAGGGGUCAGGGGGCUCUGAGCCAGUUUGGGGUGCAGGUCCUCCCAAACACUAAAGCACAAGGUCCCACAUGCAGUGGGUCUAGGAGGGGUGGCCCCUUGGUCCCUGGCCCUCCAGAGCUCCAAUGGGACCAUGGGCUGAGGCUGGAGGAGGAGGAGGAGGACUGGGCUGAAGGCUCUUUGCCUGUGGGUGAGCUGUUCCAUCCCUGUGCCCUACGCUGGCUGCACACCUGAAGUCCUCUCUGGUGGUCUCAGAGCCCCUCCAGGGCAGGGACACUUUGGAGCUGCCUUUGUACCACACACCUCACUUUCCUCUGUCCUUGGGCACCUGGCUUUGUGACAAGGGUGUGCUCAUACCUGCACUCCUGCCUCAGGCUGCUGGGUUGUGCUUCUUUCCCAGGGCCCAUCUCUGGCUCUGGGGGUCUCCUCACCCCCAGCACACAGCUCCAGCCUCUGUGGAGGGAGCAGGGCUGGACCAGAGGCAGGAGCCUGAAAGCACUGGACCCCCAAACCACUGUGAGCCCUCCUGAGCAGUGUCCCCUCCCUGUCACCUACAGCUCUGAUGGCACAGGCUGGGCUGGGAGCUCUGGGGUCCCAUCCUGUCCCCCCAGGUUCCCUCCCCACCACCUCUGAGCAGCUGCUUUGGGGUCUCAACUGCUGCCUCCUGCCUUGGUGCUGCAAACCCAGUGCCUGCUUCCCAUGGUGCUCUCCCAGUGCUCCUCACCCUCACCAGUCCUUCACCAGUCCUCCCAGUGCCCCACACUGGAGAGUCCAGGUACGAUCCCUGCCAAGCACAGGGCUCCAGUUUGCUUUCCACAUUCCCCCUGGAGCUUCACUGUCUCCUGCAGGCUGCUCGUCCUCCUGAGCCCCCCUCACCCUUCUGGGAAGGGACGAGGACCCCCAGCCCUUCCAGGUGCUGUACGGUGCUCCAGCUGUAACUGGGACAGACCCAGCUCCCAGAAAAGCACAGCCCUGCACCUUCCUCCUCCUCCCCAGAGCUCAUCCUGUCACCCACCACAGCCCUGCACCUUCCUCCUCCUCCCCAGAGCUCAUCCCCUCACCCACCACAGCCCUGCACCUUCCUCCUCCUCCUCCCCAGAGCUCAUCCUGUCACCCACCACAGCCCUGCACCUUCCUCCUCCUCCUGCCCCAGGGCUCGUCCCCUCACCCACCACAGCUCUGCCCUGGUUCCUCCCGGCUGCUCCUCCUGGCCUGGCACCCCCAGGUGCUGCCCCAGCCUGGUGUGGGGCAGCUGCAGCACUGUGUCCCCUGCCCCAUCACUCCUCCCUGCACAAGGAGCACAACAGCAGAUGCCUUUUCACACUUUUGGGGCUUUUCCCAGAGGCCAGCUGCCCUGGAGGCUGGUGGUGUCUCUGUGGGGGCUGUGCAGCCCGGCCCUGGCUGGGUUUGGCAGAGUAUGAGGGGUUUGUGUGUGUGUGUGUUUUCUACCUUGGUGUGUUCCUGUAAAUAGUGUAAGUUAUUGUGCUCUCCUGCUGUACGUUUUUCAAUGGCUGUUUGUUUCUUGCCUUUUUGUCUUUGCAAAUAAAAUGUUCUUGACAUGAA